GACGAGGACGAACGGUUCCUUCGUUUGGCUCGCGAAGCGUUGGUGGCCACAGCCAAUGGAGUCAAUCCGUCAGGGUCCACGUUGGUGGAUCCAACAAUCCAGGACCUUCUCAGACGGCUCCAGUACGCAGCCUCGCCCCACGGCAACCCUAUCAAGCGUUCGGACACCAUCCGUGCCAACGAGAACGGUCAGUUGAUGAUCCAGGGAUUUUACCAGCAGUUCCCCAACCUCAGCAACGACAUUUUUACCGGUAACCCCAAGGCCGCAGCAUCUUCCGAGACCGACCCGAGAUCGUCCAACCACCCAAGCUCCUAUAACGACGGGUGGAACUUCUUGAUAGGCGAGCCUGUCACGUUAAAAGGAGUGCCCUACCAGGAGGACCAUCUAGGCAGGACUAGCUCAUCCAGCUCGUUGCGCAACCGCAAGGGAAGCACGGCCCACGACGACCCGUCACGCAAGUUUCUCUGCUCCAAAUGUCCUAUGUCGUUCCGACGGUCGUCGGACUUGAAACGGCACGAGAAGCAGCACUUGGUGAUCCCUCCCAACAUUUGUGAGCUUUGCGGCAAGGGCUUUGCCCGUAAGGAUGCGUUGAAGCGACACAUGGCCACCCUCACCUGCAAGCGAAAUGCCGACAAGAAGCUAUAUACUGAGAACUUGAAGUACCUC